GCACUGCUCUUAUUACACUCUUACACUACCCUGAUUGAACCACUGCUCUCACCUGAACCACAAACACAGAGGGUCAACUGAUGGAAAGACAGCCAAGUCACUUAGAGAGGGAUGAACUUUGAAAAUGACCACAGAUUUAAAGGAAAACUAAAAUAACUUAAAGAAAAAAGGGUAAACUGCAAUACUUUGUCUCACCAAGGACCUCAGGACAAGCAAGCAAAAGAAAUCUCACUGGGAAACACUAGUGGACUAUUGUGAGAUUCUGUGAAGGACAGCUAUAGCGCACACAGACUGGAGAUAAGAAUGACAAUAUAAGUGCAUCUUUACCACUCAUCCGUUGCAAUGGCAAGCUCUGUUUAUCUCUGCCUGCUGAGGGCAGUUUUCCUGGUGUGUUUUGUAAACCCUUUAAUCCAAGCACUAGAUGCAAACGUGCUCCAGAAUCCUCAUCAUGAACUGGAAGAGAAUCUCACUGGACUCCCAAUUGUCACAUUUAAAUGGCAUCACGUUCAGACCCCAUACCUGGUGAUAAUUUGGGUAUUUGUGGCUGGAUUGGCGAAACUAUCAGUGAUUGAACUAAACCAUCAUGUCACCGGUGUGAUCCCAGAGAGUGGUCUGCUCAUCAUCCUGGGCUUUAUUUUGGGAGGAAUCGUCUGGGGAGCAGACAAGGCGCAGACAUUCAAAUUGCUUCCUCCCACUUUCUUCUACUACUUGUUGCCCCAGAUCAUCUUGGAUGCAAGUUACUUUAUGCCCAACAAGCUAUUUUUCAGCAACCUGGGUGCCAUUCUCAUUUACGCCAUCUUCGGAACGUGCUGGAACGCAGCUACAGUGGGCCUCUCGCUCUGGGGCUGCUAUGAGGCUGGAGCCAUGGGUAACUUGGACAUCGGUCUCCUGCAGUUUCUAUUGUUUGGCAGUUUAAUCGCCGCGGUGGAUCCGGUGGCCGUGAUUGCAGUGUUUGAAGAAGUGCAUGUGAAUGAGGUGCUCUUUAUCCUGGUGUUUGGAGAGUCAUUGCUCAAUGAUGGCGUCACAGUGGUGCUUUACAAUGUAUUUGAUGCUUUUGUUGCUCUUGGAGGCCCAAAGAUUGACGCUGCAGAGAUUAUUAAGGGCAUAUUUUCAUUUGUUGUGGUGGCAUUUGGAGGCUCGUUUCUUGGCAUUUUGUUUGCCAUACUACUGUCCCUGCUGACCAGGUGCACCAAACACAUUCAGAUCAUUGAAGCCGGCUUUGUCUUUGUGGUGGGCUACCUGGCUUACCUGACAGCAGAAAUGCUCUCCCUCUCUGCAAUACUUUCAAUCACCUUCUGCGGUAUAUGCUGUCAGAAAUAUGUGAAUGCCAACAUGGAUGAGAAAUCAGUCACAACGGUUCGUCAUGCCAUGAAGGUGCUUGCGAAUGGCUCUGAAACCAUGAUCUUCGUAUUCUUGGGUGUUACAGCCAUUGAUACCGAGAUCUGGGUUUGGAACACAGGUUUCAUCCUCCUCACCCUCCUCUUCGUCUUUAUAUACAGGAUCAUAGGCGUUUUCUUGCUCACCUGGAUGUUGAACAAGUUCAGAUUGGUUCCCAUCGAGGUCAUUGACCAGGUUGUAAUGAGCUACGGUGGCCUGCGGGGGGCAGUGGCGUAUGGACUAGCAGCUAUGUUAGACGAAGACAAGAUCCCUGAGAAGAAUCUGAUCAUUAGUACAACACUCAUUGUGGUGUAUUUCACUGUCAUUCUUCAGGGAAUCACAAUGAAGCCGUUGGUUCAAUGGCUCAAGGUCAAAAGAGCUUCUCACUCGGACUUGAAACUUAUUGAGAAACUAAACAAUAGGGCAUUUGACCACAUGCUAGCAGCAGUGGAGGACAUUUGUGGACGGAUAGGAGAUAACUGGUGGACCAGAGGUUGGAACAGGUUUGAGGAAAAUUAUAUCAGCUGGUUUUUGAUGAAACCUAAGGCCAGAAAGAACAGAGACUACCUAUUUACUGUCUUCCACAAACUCAAUCUGGAGGAUGCUGUUAACUACGUCAGUGAGGGUGAACGCCAAGGAUCUCUGGCCUUCAUUCGUAGUGAUGAAGCAGCCAAUGUAGAUUUCAAAAAACAAUUUGGUUCAGAAUUUACAGAUGUGAUGCCUGAUAUAAUGGUUGAUAUGUCAAAUUACGAGCUUGGAAUUGAAAACUUUACAGUAACCUCCAUUGUAAAAGACACUAUUCCCUCUGUAUCUCUGGACAUCCAUGGGCAAGACAGGAAGAAUGCGGUGGAUGACAUCAGAGCACAUCAUCUUCUACAGCAGCACCUGUACAGGAGCAGAAAGCAUCACCGUCACAAAUACAGUCGCAGUCACUUCAGCAUUAACCAGAGUGAGGACGAGGUGCAGGAGAUUUUCCAGAGGACCAUGAGGAACCGCCUCGAGUCCUUCAAAUCAGCUAAGAUGGGUGUCAACCCUGCCAAAAAGAUCACAAAGCACCACAAGAAGGAACUAACACACAAGAUGCCUAACGGACACCCAGACGACACAGGCCACCUAUAUGGAGAUAAAGUUGACAGUGCUAUGGGGAGUGAGACUGGUACUAUCAGUGGUACUUUCAUGAGAGACACAUAUACAGUGGGAGCUGGCAUAGAGAAUCCAGUAUUCUUGCCAGAUAUGGACAGUCCCACUCACAGCAGCCUACCCUGGCUAAUGGAGACUGAGGCUGUUGCACCUUCCCAGAGGGCUCAGCGGCGCCUGCCCUGGACACCCAACAGACUGCGGCGUCUUGCACCCAUGAGGAUCAGCACCUGCUCCACGGACUCCUUCCUGAUGGCUGAUCUGGAGGAACAUGAGGAACAGCCCCAAACAGACCAUGAAGAAAUACGACCAGUCUUUGACUAGAUACUUCAGGACAAUAAUGCGGCAUGUCUCAAAGCACAUCCACAGGCAUGGAAGUGCACCGUAUACAGAUUUCAGUCCAUACCUCCAAAGAAACAAGGUGGAACUGGAAAAUAGCUGCAGGAAAUCCCACUAAAAUUAAAUAACAUGGAGCAAAAUCUCAUGGAUGUUCUCAUGGAAUCCAUUUAGGGCAACUUAUUCAUGUACAAUUGAGUAUGGACAUCAGUAGAAAAAGAAAAGUGAAUGCUUUCAAAGUUUUCCAAGUGACGCACCUGCCUUUUCCAAAUUUUAUGAUUUUUAAAAUGUAAACACCUUGUGAAAUGGUUGGUCAAAAAGAGCUUUCUACAUGUGCUGACAUAUUUCCCAUUGCAAAAGGAAAAUUGGGCUUUAAAAUAGCCAAUAACCUUCAGUUUACAUCACAGCCACGAUGAACAUUAUUUGCUACUUAAUAUCUCUAGUCAGUUUUAACUACUGAACAUUUGUUUUGGUCAACUUGUAUGACUAAACUAGACUAUAUGGUCUCAAAGCUAACAGACACUAACUAUAAGCAUCUAAUUUUGAUCUUUAAAACUGUGUUGGGGGAAAGGUUGAGAAUGUGUUUUGUGCAAUAUUGCUUAUGUAAUAUUAUGGAAGCUUGGUUCUCCCACAGAAUGAAAAAAUAAAUGUAAAAAGUAAUUGUGAUUUUUAUUUUUAUUUUUCUCAGAAUGGUGAAAUGACUCAGAAAUAGAUUUUUUCUCCUCAGAAUUCUGAGUUUACCUCUCACAAUUCUGUCAUUUUUUCCUCACAUUUUUGAAUUAACAUCCUGCAAGUCUGACCUUUCUCAGAAUUGAGAGUUUAUAUCUCACAGUUCUGAAAAAAGUCUGAAGUGAAGAGUCACAAUUACCUUUUUUAUCCCGUCGUGGAAACAGCUCCCAUUUAAUAUAGCGAGAGAAAAGCCAUGUAGUCUUUUGCAAGAUCCAGCUUGUAGUUUCAUUUUGUAAUGGCACUUUACUACUGUGACGUCACCUCUACAAGGCAGAUUCUUCCCUGCAUCGCAAUGUGCAACUAAAUUAAUAAGGAAGGUAUUAAGUAAAUUUUAUAUAAAAUGAUUUUUCACUCAUAGAAUUCAUUUUAGACUGUAUGUGAGUGAAUUGAGGUGGUAACUGUUACAAACUAUGUUUGUGUAUGGAAAAGGUCCUAUUUUAAAUCAGUCAGUUGUAUCUUGUCAUUCAAAUAAUGUAUUUAUCGGGGCAUUGUUAUUUCCUUUAUGAGAUUAAUAAAGUAUUUAUCGGUAUUUAUCUAAUCUUACUAUGUUAGCCAUUUUCACUUCAAUCUACAUCUGUAUACGAUUAUGGUGGCUAUUUACAUUUAAGAAUAUAUUAAUUUCAAAAAACACUUUAGCUACACCAGUGUUGCUUUUGUGUUAUUUAUAUACCAUUAUAUUAUUUGAUAUUUUACAAAUAGCUUUUAUUUGUACAUUUUUAGUUUUCAGUUGGGAGUAAUUUCACUAUGUAUAAUAAAAUAUGAAGUUCAUUUGCAAAAA